GCGACGAGACGCGCGGCCGCCGUCGCAUAGCAACGCCGCGAUGGCGUCGCCACGGUAACCACCACGCGGCCCUGGGCACGGAACGUGUCGCGGCAUUUGUGAUCGCUCUCUCCGCGUGUGUUUCGUUGGCUUCCCUCAUCGAUUGCGCCUUCGUUGCAGCCGUCGUUGCCCUCUACUUCUGCGUCGUUUCGUUGCUGCGCCGCCGCUCGACGCCGAGCUGAAGGGACCGCGGCGAGACGAACAGUUCGGCCUGGGCACAGGACACGAUGCUUAGAGACUGCCAGCCACGGGAGGGACCUCCACCGUGGUCUUUGGAGUUCUAAAAGACCAUGUCACGCUCUGGCACCACGAGGUCUCGGACAGAGAAGGGCCGCAGCACGGCCGUUCCCCCGCCGGUGGCCCCCGCGCCCGUGGUCGUGUCCAACGAUAUCAUCGCUGGUCGUCUCACCGAGGCCGAGUGGCUAACUAUGCUGGACCUGGAGGAUGGUGAGAUGUACGUGAGGGACCUCCUCGAGGAGCUAUUGGAGUGCACCAUGGAGGAGUGCCACAAAAUAUACAUCCAGAGACAGCUGAUCCCAUUCACAGUGAGCCAGGCAAAGGAAGCUCUUCUGAAUGUGAUUGAGUGCCGCUUCCUGGCACGAGACGAGGGGCAACUGUCAGUGGAAUGUGACCCCAGCUGGCAGGAGGACCUGGAACCCCAGCCAUGUUCCAUCGACACCUGGGCACAGGGAUCUGUCCCCAUUACAGAUUCUGCCCCCUCUGGACUGACUUCUCGCACUGCCCCGGAGCCUGAAUUAUUUCCCAAGGAGCCUGAAGUGGAUCUUGAAGAGGAGCAGGUUGACAGUGUACAAAUUGACAGUCCUAAAGAGGCCGACCAAUUGAAGUUGAUAAUGGCAUUAGAGGAUACUAUAGCUAGUGCUCAGACAUUUGAAAAUCAAGUGGUAGUUCGCACACCAUCACCACCGAUCAAAAAAUUAGAAAAGCCCAAGAGAAGUAAGGUAAAGUUUAAACCUCACAUCGGUCCACUGAAUACAAACAGUUUCAUCGACCUUACAAAAUCCUUGCAGGAAACAGAGAAAGAGCUUGCUCAAAAGGAGCUGAAAUCUAAAAUUCUGCACAACCAAUCACAACCUCAGCCGAUGCCCAAGCACAUGGCUCUUUUGCCAGCCACCUUCCAAAAUCUUUUAAAGAUCCAGGCUGGCCGGGUCCAGACCGGAGAGAAUAAUGGUGGUUCUCUUCAGUUCUCCAACUCUGCUGCGUUUGGAGAGUUUGACGAGUACGGUCGACUCGUGGCUGUGAGUAAAAUUGACCCUGCUCACAUUCCCAGUCGCCGUGUCUGCCCGAAAAUCCACGUGGCAGAAACCCAACAAGACACUCCACAUCGGCUGGCCAAUCAACCCCUCCGCAAAGACAAAGACUCUCAGAAACCACAUCUUAGGGCUGAUGCAGCCACUGCAGCUAGUCACAUGGCAGUUGAUACUUUUUUUAUUGAGAGCAAGAGAGGCCAACUGAGUUUGCAUCCUAUGGCACGACUACACAGCUCCAGGUUAUGGCAGGGUGCCCAAGGCACAAAAGCAUUAAGAGUCAAGCCCAUUCUUCCAUCAUUGCCUCCGAGUCUGCCGCGCAGUAAACAGCUGGAUGUUCAUAAACUAAAGCCAGCAGAAGCUGUCGUGACAUCCAGCUUUGAGCGCCUCGAAAUGGAGGAAGUCCUGCCUUUCACGCCAUCUGUGCUUAAUCAAAUUCAACCAUCGCCGGGAGUGGUGGUGCGAGAAGGAAAUCACAUAAAGUCGGGCACUCUGCACCAUCAACCAGAGUCUGAACACACAAACACGCUCACAUUUCACUCCACCUUGCGUCCCGUCCUCCCAAGCGUGCCUCGCCCUUACAUUACUGUGGACCAACUCAUACAAAACGCUGAGUUACAAAUCCACCCUCUGCCUGUUAACCCCGAAUAAGGUUAAUUCUGGAAGAUUAAAAAAAAUGCACAAGAAGGUCUUCAAUUCACACAAAUUAUGCUGCAUACACAAUUGACUUUUACCACGGUAGCUCUGUUUGAUCUGACUUCACAUUUCCAUACCGUAAAUAUGUAAAAAAGAAUAGUCAACGUAAAGAUGUCAUGGCACUACACACCUCAUUGUCACUUCCUUCCACUAGACUGGGUAGUAGUUGCAACAUCCAACUUCCAAAGUCCACUCUUAAAUGAUCCCACUAUUGGUCUUCAGGUUUUCCCUUUGGUCUCCGACCUCUGGGGGCCACAUUCCUGUGCGUGUGCUCCCCUCCAUCCUGUAAACGUGUCCCUCUCCAUAAUUACAUCUGCAACAGUUUCUUUCCACAUUCUAUUCCAAAGUUCCAAGUUGUUUACCCUAUCUUCCAUGAAAUGUAAUUUUCUGAAUGCACGUGUAUUAAACAAAGUACAGUACCUGCAAACAUAAUCAAAAUGUUAUAUUCACGUGAAUAAACUAUGUUAAAACAUGAA